CGGGAUCCCGGCGUCCAGAGCCGGCGCGUGCGUCCGUCGGUCGGCCGGGUAGUCUGUCCGCGCGGAAAGCCCAGCGCCCCGGCGUGCGGCGGCCGCGGGGCCUGGGAGGGAAAGGGCGCGGAGGCGGGACCGCGGCUCCCUCCCACUCCGGGGGGAGCCCAGGAGGCGGCGGUGCUGAAGCGCCAGCGGAGAAGGAGGCAGCACAGCGGAGAGGCGGUCGCGAGCACGAGUGGGGUGGGGCGUGCCCACGGGCCCCCGCCCCCCUCGUCCCCCCCGCCCAGCUCCGGAGCCGCAGCCGGGCCGGCGGGCCAGGGGUCCGCGGCGCACCCUCUCCGGUGCGUUCUUCAGCCAGCCAGGCCUACCAGGACGCCGUGUGAAGCAGGAACAGGGGGGACAGGGACGCCCCCUUCAGCAGGAGCCGUCGGAGGGGCGGACCCGAGACCAGGCGAGCAGCCCCGCAGGAGCCAGGCUCAGGGUCUGGGACGCAGUCGGGAGCGCAGAGGGCCGGCUGGGCGCCGCAGAGCCAGCAGGCUGGCCCGGGCCUCCUGGGUGACAGGCCCUGCGUGGCUGGCUGGGAAGAAGUGACUGGAGACCUGCAGGAAAGAGACUGGACCUAGAGGAGGGGCGGCUGCCUCGCUGUCCUUGCUGAGCCCCGGGGACCAAGGAAUUUAGAGCAGCGUUUCCCCAUCCUGAAAAAGACGAUUGCUGUCCAGAGCAGCACCCUUUAUCUGAGACAGCGCUGGGGGCGGGGGUCCUUGGGGCCUGGAACCCCACCCCACGCUCCUUUAACUGGGGCCUCUGGGCCUCACAGAGGACCCCGGGUUCGCAAGGAGGCCUUCGGGGUCCUGGCCCCUGCGGCUGCAGCAGUGGCCAUGUCAAGGCCAGGCCAGGGUGUGAUGAUGCCCGUGAACGGGCUGGGCUUCCCACCGCAGAAUGUGGCCCGGGUGGUGGUGUGGGAGUGGCUAAAUGAGCACAGCCGCUGGCGGCCUUACACAGCCACCGUGUGCCACCACAUCGAGAACGUGCUCAAGGAGGACGCCCGUGGUUCUGUGGUCCUGGGGCAGGUGGACACCCAGCUGGUGCCCUACAUCAUCGACCUGCAGUCCAUGCACCAGUUUCGCCAGGACACAGGCACCAUGCGGCCGGUGCGGCGCAACUUCUACGACCCGUCGUCCGCGCCGGGCAAGGGCAUCGUGUGGGAGUGGGAGAACGACGGCGGCGCGUGGACGGCCUACGACAUGGACAUCUGCAUCACCAUCCAGAACGCCUACGAGAAGCAGCACCCGUGGCUCGACCUCUCGUCGCUCGGCUUCUGCUACCUCAUCUAUUUCAACAGCAUGUCGCAGAUGAACCGCCAGACGCGCCGGCGCCGCCGCCUGCGCCGCCGCCUGGACCUGGCCUACCCGCUCACCGUGGGCUCCAUCCCCAAGUCGCAGUCGUGGCCCGUGGGCGCCAGCUCGGGCCAGCCCUGCUCGUGCCAGCAGUGCCUGCUGGUCAACAGCACGCGCGCCGCCUCCAACGCCAUCCUGGCCUCGCAGCGCCGCAAGGCGCCCCCCGCGGCCCCGCCGCCGCCGCCGCCGCCGCCGCCUCCCGGAGGGCCGCCCGGCGCGCUCGCCGUGCGCCCCAGCGCCACCUUCGCGGGCGCCGCGCUCUGGGCCGCGCCCGCCGCCGGCCCCGCCGAGCCCGCGCAGCCCCCCGGGGCGUCCCCGCGGAGCCCGAGCGCCCCCGGCGGCGGCGGCGGCGGCGGCGGCGGCGGCGGCGCGCCCACCCCGGGGCAGAACAACCUCAACCGGCCCGGGCCCCAGCGCGCCACCGGCGUGAGCGCACGCGCCUCCAUCCCGCCCGGGGUCCCCGCGCUCCCGGUGAAGAACUUGAAUGGUACGGGGCCCGUCCAUCCGGCCCUGGCAGGGAUGACCGGGAUCCUGCUGUGUGCCGCCGGCCUGCCCGUGUGCCUGACGCGGGCCCCCAAGCCCAUCCUGCACCCGCCGCCCGUGAGCAAGAGCGACGUCAAGCCCGUGCCCGGCGUGCCCGGGGUGUGCCGCAAGACCAAGAAGAAGCACCUCAAGAAGAGUAAGAACCCCGAGGAUGUGGUUCGAAGGUACAUGCAGAAGGUGAAGAACCCGCCCGAUGAGGACUGCACCAUCUGUAUGGAGCGGCUGGUCACAGCAUCCGGCUACGAAGGCGUGCUUCGCCACAAGGCCGUGCGACCCGAGCUCGUGGGCCGCCUGGGCCGCUGCGGCCACAUGUACCACCUGCUGUGCCUCGUGGCCAUGUACUCCAAUGGCAACAAGGACGGCAGCCUGCAGUGCCCCACGUGCAAGGCCAUCUACGGAGAGAAGACGGGCACCCAGCCGCCCGGGAAGAUGCAGUUCCACCUCAUCCCGCACUCGCUGCCUGGCUUCGCCGACACCCAGACCAUCCGCAUCGUCUACGACAUCCCCACAGGCAUCCAGGGCCCUGAGCACCCCAACCCAGGCAAGAAGUUCACCGCAAGAGGCUUCCCGCGUCACUGCUAUCUGCCCAACAACGAGAAGGGCCGGAAGGUGUUGAGGCUGCUCAUCACCGCCUGGGAGCGGAGACUCAUCUUCACCAUCGGCACGUCCAACACCACAGGCGAGUCGGACACCGUGGUGUGGAACGAGAUCCACCACAAGACCGAGUUUGGAUCCAACCUCACGGGCCACGGCUACCCGGACGCUAGCUACCUAGACAAUGUGCUGGCCGAGCUCACAGCCCAGGGCGUGUCCGAGGCUGCGGCCAAGGCCUGAGGCCCGGGGGCGGCCCACCUUCCCUCCCGCUUUGCCCCUGGUCCGGCACUUGCCUCCCUCUGCCAGGCGCGUCCUGGUGGCCCGGGUUCAGGGCUGGGGAGGAGCCCGCGGAAGGAGCCGGAAGCGUCCUGGGGGUUUGGCUGAUGGCGGUUGGAAUGAUGGGAGGAGGAUGGCCG